ACACUGUAUUUUAUCUGUUACCUAAUCUAUGGUGGUCCAAGCGCCAACAAGCUCCCCACACUCCUCCGCAUUAUCAACUUCCGCCCCGUCGUGUCCAAGAGUCUUCAAAGCCGUCAACUCGCCUUUCCCCCCCAGUCGAGCAAACCCACCCUCAGAUUCGCAACCAUGACUUCCAGAGGAGUGUCCCUCCUGAAGUUCGUGGGGACGGUUUCCCUCGGUCUAUUGACGGGCCUUUCCUGCUCGCUCGCGGCCGUCACCGUCCCCUCCAUUCUCUCGCUCCCCUCCGCCUCCUCUGCAGCCCGGGCCUACCGAAACCUCGCCCCGACUUCGUCACUCCGGCUCCGAUCCCUAACGACCGUAUCAUCGGCCUCUUUCCUCCUAGCCUUCUACCUCUCUCCGCGCUCUUACCGCCACCCGUAUCUCAUCUACGCCUCCACCCUGGCCCUGGCUUCCAGCUUCGCCGACCAAAUCGCACCCUACAUCCUGGGCUCCUCAGACGAUGAGGCGUCCCGCGAAGAAACCGCCGCACGUCGCCAGGCCCGGCACGAAAGACUGGCGGCACGCAACGCCGCCCGCGCGGCGCGCAUGGAGGCCAGCUACGAGGUAGUGGGCGACGUCGCCAGCGAGGAGGGCACCGGCAGCGCCAGCGGCGGGGACGACUUCGAUGCCGAGGAAGAGGAGGAGUUCAACGGCGAGGAGGUGCGUGGCGAGAUUGAGGACUUCUUGAAGGCGCAGCGGGUGCAGACCGGCAUCGCCUCCGUGGGCUUCCUCCUCUCGCUCGUUGGCGUUUGGGGCGAUGGUGCCCUUAAGCUGCUUUGUUGCGGAUGAGUCAAAAUGCUACUUUUGCUUCUCCCAUCGACGGGUUCCUGACUUGGUGUUAUACGGUGUUUUGCGCUUUGAGCAAAUGGGGGGCGGAGACGGUUUGAAUACCGCCGCCUCCGCUUCUUCACCCCUUGGGACAGUUUUUCUGUUUCCACUAUAUGAACAUAACUGCUGGUAUGGCUAAAAUGGAAUAACAUAGAUGGCUUUCCGUUGCAAUU